AUGACCUCUGAUGCUUCGAAAUUCCCUCCCAAAAUUGCCAAACUUUUCCGACCAAAACCCCCGCUAAGGUAUCUUCCUCCCAAUGACAUCGCACCAGAAAAUCGGCAGAAUGUGUACAUUGAUGGGAUUUCUGGGCUCUUACCUUCUGUGAAAGACUACAUGGCCAUCGAAUAUACCCCUUCGGAAAGUGUCCAGCAGAAACAGCAGGCGGAAAAGCGGGCCAAACAACAGAUAAAACGGGCCAAACUCGCAGAGGAUUUACAAAAGUGGAACCCUGAAGAUGACCCCCAGAUACGUGGCAAUCCGUACCGUACGUUGUUUGUUGGCAGAUUAUCGUAUAAUGUCACUGAGGUGGAUCUCCAGAAGGAGUUUAGCACAUACGGGGCGAUCGAAAGAGUGCGGGUGGUGAGAGAUAAAGAAACUAAUAAGUCAAAGGGCUAUGGGUUCAUCUUGUUUGAAAGAGAAAGUGAAUUGAACCAAGCGUGCAAGAGUGCCGAUGGCAAAGUGAUCGAUGGCAGAGCAUGCAUUGUUGAUGUUGAGCGAGGGCGUACUGUGAAGAAUUGGAAACCUAGGAGAUUGGGUGGCGGAGUUGGUGGUAGAGGAGGAGUAGCUACUGGAGGAAGAACACAAAUCUCCAGUCAUAAACGUGAAGAUAACCUGAAACGAGGCUUUAGAGGAAGGCACGGCGAUGGAUACUCAAGGGUCGGAGAUAGCCGAAGUUAUGGUUAUGGAGGAAGAGAUGGCAGUGGUCGAUACCCUAGAGAACGGGACUCUCGACACAAGGAAUAUAGAGAAAGAGACCCAAAGCCAUAUGUGUCUGAUCGUGAUCGGGAAAGAAGCAAGUUCCGUGACCAACGGAUCGAGAAUGAAAGAGCCAGGGGAAAGCCAAGAGCUUAUUAG